UGCUGAAGAUUCGACUGGCUCUGUCCGGGGUGCUGAAAGGCUCCGGGUGCUGGCCUCAGUGUGAAGCUGCUGCCGCUCUGACUCAGUCCCUCUGAGGUCCUCUGCUGUGCCCGGCUGCUGCUGAGGUGGUGCUCCAGAGAACCAGUUUGUGCAGCCCGGACAUGUCGGAGAGGAGGGGGAUGGGAUGGCAAUACUGUGAGUGUAAGAAAAUGAUUUCAAAGGUCAAUUAAUGAGCCAGCCAGCCAAUUAGGGGAGAGACAACUGAUCAGAGAGGACACGCUUCAGCAUCAAAAUGAGCCAAGACAUUACAGAGACACGAACACGAACCCGCUCUAAAGGCAUUCGGGUGUUAUCAGAACUUGCAGGACAGGAGAUGAAGCAGGAGUUGAGUAGCAGCUGUCCCACCCCUGGAUGUGACGGCAAAGGCCACGUCAGUGGAAGAUACUCCCGACACAGGAGCGUACUGGGAUGCCCAAUUGUGAAGAAAAGGAAACUAGAGGAGGCUGAGGCUGAGGAGAAUCAGUCUGCUCCCAAACGAAGGAACCAACCAGCCAAACAGGUAGCAGACGAUGGCUUCACUGCAGACAGUGAAGAAGAGGAGGAGGAACAAAAAGAGGAGGAAGAAGAGGAGGAAGAAGACCUUAAAGAGAAGAAUAAGGACAAAACAAAAAACAGACCAGAGUCAGCACAAACAGACUGUUCACUGGUGACAUCAGAGGAAUCUGAAACAUCAGAAACUACAGUUUGUCUUGUGGCUGAAGACGACAACAAUCAAAGCGUCUCCUCUGAGACUGGGAAUGAAGCUGAAAGUGAGAAAACUAGUGAGGAAGUGAAGCAGGUUACACUCUCUGAUGAUCAUCACCAGGAGGAAACAGAGAUAAAGAAGAAGGAGGAGAGUAACCUGGUGAUGAAAGAGCACCUAUCUGAGCAACCUCAAGAAGAAGCUGGAAUUGCUGAUCUUAAAAAGACAAAAGAGGAGGAAGAGGAAGAAGAAGAAGAAAAGGAAGAGGAAGACCAGCAAGACAGGCAAGAAACUAUUGUAGAAGUGAGGCAGGUAGAGAGACAGAUGAUAAGCCAGGAAAACUCUGAUCACCAGUACUCCAGUGGCGAUUACAACCAUCAGGCCAAAGAAUCAAUAGUGGUGCAGAGUAAGAGGGCGGACCAUGAGGAGGAAAAGGAAGAGGAAGAUGAAGGAGAGGAAGAAGAUGAGGGAGAGGUGAAGGAGGUCCACCAAGGGGUUGACACUCCUUACACUUUGAGUCCACACACUCAGGGAUCAGAUGCCGAGGUGUCACUCAGGGAAGAAAAAGUCAGCACCCCCAUGACUGAGGAAGAGGAAGAGUAUGAGGGGCAGGAAGAGGAGGAGAGAGAGGAAGAGGAGGAUGAGAGGCAGGAGAAGGAAGCAGGUGAGGUGGUGGAGGAGGAAGAGGAGGACAGAGACUCGAGCAAAGCCUCUCCGACUACAGUGGUUAUUGAAGUCCACUCGGAUGAGGAGGAGGAGGACGAGGAGGAUGAGGAGGAGGACGAGGAGGAAGAUGAGGAGGAGGAAGAGGAGGAAGAAGAAGAAGGAGAGGAGCAGGAUCGUGUCUCAGAAGGCUCAGGAAUCACAGACGACUCUGAGAACUGGGAUAUGACUCGGGGGAACCUGGGGCUGUUGGAGCAGGCCAUUGCCCUGAAGGCUGAAGAGGUGAAGGGGAGUCAGGAGCCACAGAGUUCCCCAGAAUAUCAACCAUACAGCAGCUCCAGCAAGAGCUCUGAGCCUGCAGCUGUGGCCCGACGCACCGCUCACUACAGCAAAGGAGUUACUGGCUGCAUGUGGCCCAGAGAGAAGAAGGAAGUGAAGUGUCCGACCCCAGGGUGUGAUGGGACAGGUCAUGUGACUGGGCUGUACCCUCACCAUCGCAGUCUAUCUGGAUGUCCUCACAAAGAUCGAAUCCCUCCAGAGAUUCUGGCCAUGCAUGAGAACGUCUUGAAGUGUCCAACUCCUGGCUGCACAGGCCAGGGUCAUGUCAACAGUAACCGCAACACACACCGCAGUCUGUCCGGCUGCCCCAUCGCAGCAGCAGCUAAACUGAACAAGAACCAAGACAAGCAGGUUCAUUUACAAGCUGCAGCCAGUGAACCCUCUUCCAACUCAGACAGAGUGCUCAGGCCCAUGUGUUUUGUGAAACAGCUGGAGAUCCCUCAGUAUGGCAGCUACCGGCCCAACACAGUGACCACCACGCCUCGAGCGAACCUGGCCAAGGAGCUGGAGAAAUACUCCAAGGUGUCAUUUGACUAUGCAAGCUUCGAUGUUCAGGUGUUUGGAAAGCGUAUGCUCAUUCCAAAGACACCAGGCACCACUGAAACAUCACCUAAAGCCUUCAAAUCUAAAUCAUUCCCCAAGGCCUCCUCCCCCAGUCACAGUAUGUCUGGGGGAUUUUCCAAGAGCGCCUCAUCCUCCAGUGGUUAUGACUAUAGCCAGGAUGCAGAGGCAGCCCACAUGGCAGCAACAGCCAUCCUCAACUUGUCCACCCGCUGCUGGGAGAGGCCGGAGACUCUCAGUGCCAAGCCCAGGGAUCCCUGCACCAAGGAAUCAGACAUUGAAGUGGAUGAAAACGGCACUUUGGACCUCAGCAUGAAGAAGACCAAGAGGGAGGGCGUGCAGUCUCCAGAGCCUUCAUCCUCCUCGUCUUCGUCCUCUCAACACAUUGGAGCUACAUUGUCUCAGGGCCACACUCAGUCAGAGUGGGAGGGGCCACUAGACUUUACCAAACCAAGUGGACUCAAAGAGGAAGACCAUGAAGAGGUGGAGUACACAGCUCCCUCAUACACUUCCUCUGAUGCUGAGGAAGACCAGGAGAAUCUAGAGGACAGGAAGUACCCUGGUGAGGUUACCACCUCCACCUUCAAGGUCAAGUUCCAGCCCAAAGACAGCAAAAAAGACGUUCUUGUAUGUCCCACCCCAGGCUGUGAUGGCAGUGGACACAUUACUGGGAACUACGCGUCACAUAGAAGUCUGUCAGGCUGUCCUCUUGCCGAUAAAUCACUUCGGACCCUCAUGGCUGCCCACACAGCUGAACUAAAGUGUCCAACUCCAGGUUGUGAUGGAUCGGGCCACAUCACUGGAAACUAUGCUUCACACAGAAGUCUGUCUGGUUGCCCUAGAGCCAAGAAGAGCGGAAUCAAAUCAACCCCAACCAAGGAUGACAAGGAAGACUCUGAGCUAUUGAGGUGUCCAGUUCCUGGCUGUGACAGUCUGGGCCACAUCAGUGGAAAGUACGCCACUCACCGCAGUGCCUAUGGCUGUCCGCUGGCGGCACGUCGGCAGAAGGAAGGUCUUCUUAACGGCACACCCUUCUCUUGGAAGUCCUUCAAGACUGAAGGGCCCACCUGCCCGACGCCAGGCUGUGACGGCUCUGGCCACGCUAACGGCAGUUUCCUGACACACCGCAGUCUGUCAGGUUGUCCCAGAGCGUUGGCCAACAAGAAGAGAGCCAAGUUCCCUGGAGACGAGUAUAUCACUGCAAAGUUCAGAGCAAGUGAUGUUCUGGACAACGAUGAGGACAUCAAGCAGCUAAACACGGAGAUCAACGAUUUGAACGAGUCCAACUCAGAGAUGGAGACGGAUAUGAUGAACCUGCACUCUCAGAUCUCUUCAAUGGAGAAGAACCUGAAGACCAUGGAGGAGGAGAAUAAGCAGAUUGAGGAAAGGAACGAGGCCUUGUUCCUGGAACUAUCUGGCCUGAGUCAGGCCCUGAUCCGCAGUCUGGCCAACAUUCGCCUGCCCACCAUGCAGGAGCCGCUGUCAGAGCAGAACUUCGACACCUACGUGGAAACGCUGACCCACAUGUUUACCAACAAAGACUGCUACCAGAACCCUGAGAACCGUGCUCUGCUAGAGUCCAUCAAUCAGGCCGUAAAGGGCAUCGAGGUGUGAUGGACUGGAAGGCAGGGGGCGGGCUAGGACAGUGUCAACACCACUCUUUCUUUCCAAACACUUACUGUAUGUACUUAAUUCUUCUCAUUUGGAACAUUGUCAUCUGUUCUUUGCGUUUGUUUCUUGUUUGCAUGUUGCUUUACGAAGGUAUGAGUGUGAACAGCUUAGAGUGUGUGGUAACACACUGGAAUCAAAGUGUUACUGUACGCAGGUGGACACAGACAGGCAUAGUGCAGUACACAGCCUGAACUGAGCAUACGUUCUUAGUUAGUGAACAUAUCCCGUUUCCACACAGUAAUGUCGAUAGUAUUCUAUAUGAGCAUAGUGAUGUUGCACCUACAAGACUAGUUUGUAGAUUUAUUCUUUCAAUUGCUGUGUAACUAUUUA